AUGCUGACUGAAUUUGAGCGUCAGAUGACAAUUUCGUUGGGAAGCAUUAAAAUAGCUUUCAAAUGCAGUGGAUUAUUAUUGAAUGCCGAAUUCAGGGAAUAUUUUUUGCGGGUUUCAACUGAUCGGAUCAAGAAUACAUAUGAUGAAUUUACAAUCAAUUCAAUGUUGGAAGAACAAGCCAGCGUUGCUGGAGAUGCGUCUAAUCAAUAUGAAAGGUUUGGCUCAGUUCACAUCCCAAACUAUGGUAGAGACAAUACCCAAAAAGACAUCAAUGGCCUCGUCGAAAUCAUCGACUCAAGUGAUGACGAGGACCAAGCAAACAAUCAGGUUAAAAUGGAAUUAUUGGAUGCGCUAUCUACUGCUCAGUACGCGGAUCAACUUGACGGCGAUGGAAGCUAUACCGAUGAAAUGCCAAACAUGAACCCAAGCCGCAUUGAUUGUCAAGAUAACGAUUUGAAGAGCAGUUUCGAGGCAAUUACAGCAGAAAUAGAUAAUGCAAUGGAAGCGGACGAUGAUAAGCCGUUUAUUGUAGAUACUCAUCGUGCAAUGGACUCAGCAAAUGAACGUAUUACAUUGAACAAUAGUACGAAAGUAGCCAAAAGUUUCAAAACGACAGGUGGACCAGCUAGAUCUCCAAGAAAACACGUUGAAUCAUGGUUGGUUCGGAAAUCAUCAUCGAAUGAUCAAUCAUCUGCAAAGAAGGUGAAGAAACGAUUAAAGUGCCAACUUUGUGAAUACUCCAGCCAUUACAAGCACCACAUCAAUCGACAUAUGUUAACUCACACCGGCGAGAAGCCCUUUCAGUGUGAUGUUUGUCGCAAAGGAUUCACAACUCUGCAAAGCAUGAAGAAACACAAAGUGACUCACACCAAAGAAAUACCGUUUCAUUGCCGUGGCUGUUUCACUGGAUUUUCGCAAGAGAUCGACCAAGAAAGUCACGAAAAA